GCUAUGGAUGAGCGUGAGGACAGAGAGGAGGGAGUCCCUCCCUCUAAAAGCUCUCUGUGUGGGGAACAUGACAGCCAGACCAAAGCUCAGAGUAUCAGGAUGCAGCAGCAGAGAGCAGACUCUCCUGAACCCAGCUGUGUGUCCAUGAAGAGUGACUGGUCUAUGGAUCUUCCUAAUGACUUUAAAGAUGGACAACCUGCUGAUGGAAGUAUCAGGAUGCAGCAGCAGAGAGCAGACUCUCCUGAACCCAGCUGUGUGUCCAUGAAGAGUGACCAGUCUAAGGGUCUUCCUAAUGACUUUAAAGAUGGACAACCUGCUGAUGUAAAUAUCAGGAUGCAGCAGCAGAGAGCAGACUCUCCUGAACCCAGCUGUGUGUCCAUGAAGAGUGACGGGUCUAUGGAUCCUCCUAUUAAGUUUAAAGAUGGACAACCUGCUGAUCACGGAGUUCAGCAGCAGAGCUCAGAGGAUCCCAGUGAUCAGUCUGCACAGCAGCAUCAAACACAACUGGACUCCAUAUUUAUGCUGCUGGAGGAGAAAAUCGUCACUUUUGCGAAGAACGAGUUGAAAAAACUUCAGAGGGGUCUGUGUCCAGAUUACCCCGAAUGCUUAGAGAGUCAGAGUGAGGAUGAGGAGGUGUUGGACAGUAAGGAAGAAGAGCUGAGGAGGAGCAGCAGAGAGGCAUUGCUGAAGAUCACUGUGCACUUCCUGAGGAGAAUGGAGCAGGAGGAGCUGGCUGAGCUUCUGCAGAGCAAGGCUGUUUGUCCUCCACUGAUGCACUGUCGACAUAAACUCAAGCGUAACCUGAAGAAGAAGUUCCACUGUCUGUUUGAGGGGAUCGCUAAAGCAGGAAACCCAACCCUUCUGAAUGAGAUCUACACACCGCUCUACAUCACAGAGGGAGAGACUGCAGAGGUCAAUGAUGAACAUGAGAUCAGACAGAUUGAAACAGCAACCUGGAAACCAGACAGACCAGAAACAACAAUCAGACAAGAAGAAAUCUUUAAAGCCUCACCUGGAAGAGAUGAACCAAUCAGAACAGUGAUGACAAAGGGAGUGGCUGGCAUUGGGAAAACAGUCUUAACACAGAAGUUCACUCUGGACUGGGCUGAAGACAAAGCCAACCAGGACAUAUUGUUCAUAUUUCCAUUCACUUUCAGAGAGCUGAAUGUGGUGAAAGAGAAGAAGUACAGCUUGGUGGAACUUGUUCAUCACUUCUUUGCUGAAACCAAAGAAGUAGGAAUCUGCAGCUUUGAAGAGUUCCAGGUUGUGUUCAUCUUUGACGGUCUGGAUGAGUGUCGACUUCCUCUGGACUUCCACAACAAUGAGAUCCUGACUGAUGUUACAGAGUCCACCUCAGUGGAUGUGCUGCUGACAAACCUCAUCAGGGGGAACCUGCUUCCCUCUUCUCGCCUCUGGGUAACCACACGACGCGCAGCAGCAAAUCAGAUCCCUCCUGAGUGUGUCGGCAUGGUGACAGAAGUCAGAGGGUUCACUAACCCACAGAAGGAGGAGUACUUCAAGAAGAGAUUCAGAGAUGAGGAGCAGGCCAGCACCAUCAUAUCCCACAUCAAGACAUCACGAAGCCUCCACAUCAUGUGCCACAUCCCAGUCUUCUGCUGGAUCACUGCUACAGUUCUGGAGGAUGUGUUGAAAAGCAGACAGAGUGGAGGGCUGCCCAAGACCCUGACUGAGAUGUACAUCCACUUCCUGGUGGUUCAAGCCAAACUGAAGAACCUCAAGUAUGAUGGAGGAGCUGAGACAGAUCCACACUGGAGUCCAGAGAGCAGGAAGAUGAUUGAGUCUCUGGGAAAACUGGCUUUUGAGCAGCUGCAGAAAGGCAACCUGAUCUUCUAUGAAUCAGACCUGACAGAGUGUGGCAUCAAUAUCAGAGCAGCCUCAGUGUACUCAGGAGUGUUCACACAGGUCUUUAAAGAGGAGAGAGGGCUGUACCAGGACAAGGUGUUCUGCUUCGUCCAUCUGAGCCUUCAGGAGUUUCUGGCUGCUCUUCAUGUCCAUCUGACAUUCAUCAACUCUGGAGUCAAUCUGCUGGCAGAAGAUCCAAAGUCUACCUCAGAGAAGUCUAAAACAACAAAAGAGAAAUCUGCCAUGACACAUUUCUACCAGAGUGCAGUGGACGAAGCCUUAAAGAGUCCAAAUGGACACCUGGACUUGUUCCUCCGCUUCCUCCUGGGACUUUCACUGGAGACCAAUCAGAUUCUCCUACAAGGCCUGUUGACAAAGACAAGAAGUAGCUCACAGAUUAAUCAAGAAACAGGCAGGUACACCAAGAAGAUAAUUAUGGAGACUUCCUCUCCAGAGAAGAACAUCAAUCUGUUCCACUGUCUGAGUGAGCUAAGAGAUCAUUCUCUGGUGGAGGUAAUUCAACAGUACCUGAGAUCAGGAAGUCUCACCACAAAAAAGCUGUCUCCUGCUCAGUGGUCAGCUCUGGUCUACAUCUUAUUGUCAUCGGAAAAAGAUCUGAAAGUGUUUGACCUGAAGAAAUACUCUGCUUCAGAGGAGGCUUUGCUAAGGCUGCUACCAGUGGUCAAAGCUUCUAAUAAAGCUUUGUUGAAUGGCUGUCACCUAUCAGACAGAAGCUGUGAAGCUCUGCAAUCAAUUCUCAGCUCUCAGUCUUCCAAUCUGAAAGAGCUGGACAUGAGUAACAACAGUCUGCAGGACUCCGCAGUAAAAUGGCUCUCUGCUGGACUGAAGAGUCCACACAGUACACUGAAAACUCUCAGGUCAGGAAUGUUGUUGUAUUUAAAAGCUGAACAUGCAAACUACUUUAUGUGUUUAAUAUGUGAAUUGACUGUGAAAUUUCCCAUCAGGCUGAUUGGCUGCAACCUGUCAGGAAGAAGUUGUGAAGUCUUGGCCUCAGUUCUCAAUUACCAGUCCUCUAGUCUGAGAGAGUUGGACCUGAGUAACAACGAUCUGCAGGAUUCAGGCAUUAAGCUGUUGUCUGCUGGAUUGGAGAGUCCACAAUGUGGACUGAAAACUCUCGGGUUGUCAGGAUGUCUGAUCACAAAGGAAGGCUGUGCUUCUCUGGGCUCAGCUCUGAGCUCCAACCCCUCCCAUCUGAAGGAAGAUCUGGACCUGAGUAACAACAACCUGCAGAAUUCAGGGGUGAAGAUGCUGUCUGUUGGACUGGAAAGUCCAGACUGCAAACUGGAAACUCUCAGUCUGUCAGGAUGUCUGAUCACAGAGGAAGGCUGUGCUUCUCUGGCCUUAACUCUGAGCUCCAACCCCUCCCAUCUGAGAGAGCUGGACCUGAGAUACAAUCAUCUAGGAGAAUUAGCAGAGAAGGUGCUGUCUGCUGGAUGGAAACUGGACGCUCUCAGGAUCCAGCAGCAGAGAGCAGACUCUCCUGAACCCAGCUGUGUGUCCAUGAAGAGUGACCGGUCUAUGGGUCAUCUUGUUGAGUUUAAAGAUGGACAACCUGCUGAUGAAAGAGUUCAGCAGCAGAGCUCAGAGGUUCCCAGUGAUCAGUCUGCACAGCAGCAUCAAACACAGCUGGACUCCAUAUUUAUGCUGCUGGAGGAGAACAUUGUCACUUUUGUGAAGAAAGCGUUGAAGAGACUGCAGAUAGGUCUGAGACCAGAUUACCCAGAAUGCUUAGAGAGUCAGAGUGAGGAUGAGGAUGUGUUGGACGAUGAGGAGGAAGAGCUGAGGAGGAGCAGCAGAGAGGCAUUGCUGAAGAUCACACUGCACUUCCUGAGGAGAAUGAAGCAGGAGGAGCUGGCUGAGCUUCUGCAGAGCAAGUGUCGACAUAAACUCAAGCGUAACCUGAAGAAGAAGUUCCAGUGUCUGUUUGAGGGGAUCGCUAAAGCAGGAAACCCAACCCUUCUGAAUGAGAUCUACACACCGCUCUACAUCACAGAGGGAGGGACUGCAGAGGUCAAUGAUGAACAUGAGGUCACACAGAUUGAAACAGCAUCCUGGAAACCAGACAGACCAGAAACAACAAUCAGACAAGAAGAAAUCUUUAAAGCCUCACCUGGAAGAGAUGAACCAAUCAGAACAGUGAUGACAAAGGGAGUGGCUGGCAUUGGGAAAACAGUCUUAACACAGAAGUUCACUCUGGACUGGGCUGAAGACAAAGCCAGCCAGGACAUAUUGUUCAUAUUUCCAUUCACUUUCAGAGAGCUGAAUGUGCUGAAAGAGAAAAAGUACAGCUUAGUGGAACUUGUUCACCUCUUCUUUACUGAAACCAAAGAAGCAGGAAUCUGCAGGUUUGAAGAGUUCCAGGUUGUGUUCAUCUUUGACGGUCUGGAUGAGUGUCGACUUCCUCUGGACUUCCACAACAAUGAGAUCCUGACUGAUGUUACAGAGUCCACCUCAGUGGAUGUGCUGCUGACAAACCUCAUCAGGGGGAAACUGCUUCCCUCUGCUCGCCUCUGGAUAACCACACGACCUGCAGCAGCCAAUCAGAUCCCUCCUGAGUGUGUCGGCAUGGUGACAGAUGUCAGAGGGUUCACUGACCCACAGAAGGAGGAGUACUUCAGGAAGAGAUUCAGAGACAAGAAGCAGGCCAGAACCAUCAUCUCCCACAUCAAGACAUCCCGAAGCCUCCACAUCAUGUGCCACAUCCCAGUCUUCUGCUGGAUCACUGCUACAGUUCUGGAGGAUGUGUUGAAAAGCAGAGAGAGAGGAGAGCUGCCCAAGACCCUGACUGAGAUGUACAUCCACUUCCUGGUGGUUCAAGCCAAACUGAAGAACAUCAAGUAUGAUGGGGGAGCUGAGACAGAUCCACACUGGAGUCCAGAGAGCAGGAAGAUGAUUGAGUCUCUGGGAAAACUGGCUUUUGAGCAGCUGCAGAAAGGCAACCUGAUCUUCUAUGAAUUAGACCUGAAAGAGUGUGGCAUCGAUAUCAGAGCAGCCUCAGUUUGCUCAGGAGUGUUCACACAGGUCUUUAAAAAUGAGAGAGGGCUGUACCAUGACAAGGUGUUCUGCUUCGUCCAUCUGAGUGUCCAGGAGUUUCUGGCUGCUCUUCAUGUCCAUCUGACAUUCAUCAAGUCUGGAGUCAAUCUGCUGGAAGAAAAUCCAAAGUCGACAUCACAGAAGUCAGGAACAACAAAAGAGAAAUCUGCCAUGACACAUUUCUACCACACUGCUGUGGACAAUGCCUUACAGAGUCCAAAUGGACAUCUGGAUUUGUUCCUCCGCUUCCUCCUGGGUCUUUCACUGCAGACCAAUCAGAUUCUCCUACAAGGCCUGUUGACACAGACAGGAAGUAGCUCACAGAUUAAUGAAAAAACAGGCAGGUACAUCAAGAAGAUAAUUAUGGAGACUUCCUCUCCAGAGAAGAACAUCAAUCUUUUCCACUGUCUGAGUGAGCUAAGAGAUCAUUCUCUGGUGGAGGUAAUUCAACAGUACCUGAGAUCGGGAAGUCUCACCACAAAAAAGCUGUCUCCUGCUCAGUGGUCAGCUCUGGUCUACAUCUUGUUGUCAUCAGAAAAAGAUCUGAAAGUGUUUGACCUGAAGAAAUACUCUGCUUCAGAGGAAGCUUUGCUGAGGCUGCUACCAGUGGUCAAAGCUUCUAAUAAAGCUCUGCUGAUUGGCUGUAACCUGUCAGGAAGAAGUUGUGAAGUCUUGGCCUCAGUUCUCAGUUCCCAGUUCUCUAGUCUGAGAGAGUUGGAUGUCAGUAACAACGAUCUGCACGAUUCAGGCGUGAAGCUGUUGUCUGCUGGAUUGGAGAGUCCACAUUGUGGACUGAAAACUCUCAGGUUGUCAGGAUGUCUGAUCACAAAGGAAGGCUGUGCUUCUCUGGCCUCAGCUCUGAGCUCCAACCCCUCCCAUCUGAAGGAGCUGGACCUGAGCUACAAUCAUCCAGGAGACUCAGGAGUGCAGCUGCUGAACCAGGAUCCACACUUGAAACUGGCCACUCUCAAGGUGGACCAUGGGGGAGUGCAGAGGCUGAGACCUGGCAUAAGAAAGUAUGCCUGUGAACUCACACUGGACCCAAACACAGCACACAGAAACCUUAAACUGACCAACAACAACAAAAAAGUGAUAUUUAGAGAGGUGCAGCAAUAUCCUUAUCACGAAGAGAGAUUUGACUUUUGGUCUCAGGUGCUGUGUGAAAAUGACCUCACUGGUCGCUGUUACUGGGAGGUGGAGUGGAGAGGAGAUGUUCGCAUUGCGGUGACUUACAAAGGAAUAAGAAGGCAAGGAUAUGAAGAUGACGGCAAGUUUGGAAGGAAUGAUCAGUCCUGGAGUCUAAACUGCUCCAGUGGUAGUUACUUUGUUUGUCACGAUGGCAGAGAAACCAAAGUCCCUCUCCCCUCUGCCUAUUUCUCAAACAGAGUAGCAGUCUAUGUGGACUGUCCUGCUGGCACUCUGUCCUUCUACAUAGUCUGCUCUGACACAUUUAUCCACCUCCACACCUUCUACUGUACAUUCACCGAACCUGUCUACCCUGCGUUCGGACUCUGGUUUAGGUGCUCAUCAGGGUCUGGCUCCAGUCUCAUGUCUGGUUCAUUGGUGUCUCUGUGCUCUCUGUAGGAGGGUUUGUGGACAGAAAGACCGAAUCAUGACCAGACCAUCACACACUGAGUAGGACAUUU